AGACCAGUAUUCACUCAUUUCUCUAGGGCUUACGUGCGCGGGCUCCUGUAUAACUUUCUGCUUCCAUUGAUUUGAUCAGAGCAUAUCUGAGAAAACAUGAAGAAGAAAAUCGUAUUGAAGGUUCAGAUGAGCUGCCAGAAAUGCAGAACCAAGGCACUUCAGAUCAUCUCCGGAUCAGACGGUGUAAACUCAGUGGCCUUUGAAGGAGAAGACAAGGUGGUCGUGGUUGGGGAAGGAGUUGACGCAGUGCCUCUGGUCAACCGUUUAAGAAAGAAGGUCGGUCCGACUGAAGUUAUUAGCCUCGGAGAAGCGAAGUAACACCCAUGUAAAGAAAAUACUCACAUGAAGAAACUGACAUGACUCAGAUUUUUCUUUUC